AUGACGACUUUUACAACUCAUUUCCCAUUUGAACUGUUUGAUCGAAUAUGUUAUUAUCUUACCAAUAAGCAAAAGGCUAUCUGUCAGUCAGUCUGUCAAUCAUGGAGGCCACUCUUUGCUGCCUCACAAUAUCGUCAUGUGCACAUUCAGGGACAAAAACAAUUCAAGCUAUUCUACUUGUCCCUUAUUAGAAAUGGAUUUUAUAUAAACACACUUAUUAUUCAAGAUGUUUACUUAUCAUCAGACCAACUAGAAUCUUUGCCCUUCCUUUGUCCCAACAUCAUUACGCUCACCUUGGCCGCCGUCGAGCUAUCAGGCACAGCUGAUGGAGACAUAUUCUCUCAAUGGAAGUAUCUCAAGCAUCUUGAUCAAAACAUUAUCCCUCUUCUUUCGUUUUCAAACUUGUCUCAUUUGUCAAUCUACCUCAAUCAUCAGUCACUGACCGAUAUCCUACCAUCAUUACAAAACGCUGUCUAUCUCAAAAGCCUUUCUAUUGAAUGCCAAAGCCUAUCUCUGGCCGAACUUGAAUUGAUCCAUGAAGCUUGCCCCAUGCUUCAAGAGCUUACUUUGGUCAAUAUUCACAUGGAAAAUCGUCUUGACGCUCCUGUGACUACAUUUGCAUCAUGCAUGAAAGUUUUGCAAAUUCAGAACGCCAAAGGCCUAGAUAAAGGAAAUGAUUGGAUCUACUAUAUUGCAGCCAAAUACCCUUACGCUGAACAAAUAUCCCUUUGGAGUGAACAAAAUCAGAGCUUUAGUGAGCCUGUAUCCCCCAAAGAACUCGAAGAUCGAUAUAAGGCUAUAGCUGAGAUUGGUUACUCCUGUCGUGGAUUAAGGUCUGUGUGCUUCCUUAAUAUACCUAUCAAUCAUUUAUUCUUCAAGGCGCUUGAACGUGCUGGCACAGAGCUUGAAAAUAUUGGUUUGGGAGACAUGACGGAUCAUACGCUAGAGACCCUUAAAGAUCUGGCUAAUUCCAGUCAACAUGUAUCCCAUCUGACGCUUUGGGGAUGGCCUUCACUCUGCAUUCAAGGAAUAAUGGAAGAAACGAUAACCCUUGUCGGAAAAUGUAGUCGCAAGCUAAGAUCAUUCGAAUUCUCCAUGAAGCUCUCUGGCAUUCGUAACUCACACUUUCCAUACAAGAUCUUGUUGGACGCCUGCAGUCAGUUGACCCAUCUGAAGCUGGAUCAUAUCCAAACUAUAUCCAGUCAAAGCAAUAGACACCACUUGCAUCUGACACAGCUUACUCUCCAAGACUGCUCCUUCCGCAAUCAACUCUUUGAAGACCUGGCCAGUCACUGUCCAAGGCUCUGUCACCUUGACCUGGACUCCUGCACACUGAUUGAUGACCCUAACAAAGAGAUUAGGAUACACAUGCCACAACAUUCACUCCAAACACUAAGGAUAAACAAAAUACGUCCUCCUUCCAAUUACUAUCACAUGAGACUGGUCAGGGAAGUCAAAUAUUUCUAUAUUACAGAUGCAUCCAAGAAGCGACAUGUAUAUGAGUUGACGGAUUAUGAUCAGCAACGACCGACCAAUUGCGUCCGCAUUGAAUCUGAGCAUGUGACAGGUCCAUAUGCUUCAAUUCAGUGUGCUACGUUAAACGAACUCACUAUAGCUGGCUUUUUGGUGAACUAA